CGAAUUUGGAUGAACUUCACCAUGUAUCUUAGAGAGUGAUCUUCGUGCCACUCAAGUUAGAAAGAAUUUCAGUACCUCUUUUAUUAUGUAUUAUGGGUAAGAAUAAGGUAAGAUGCUACAUGCAAUGUGACUCAAAUGGAUCAAUAAUCCAUGGUCAUAUGGGAAAGUACGUUACAAAGCCUUACCAUACAAACAAAUAAUUAUGGUGACACAAUUGUGCAAAUAAAAAGGUGCCAACAAUCAUAUCCACUUCCUCCCAAACUCCACUCAUCAUUCUAUUCUAUCCUCUUUCUCUCUCUCUCUUUUUGUAACAAAAAAAAUUAUUAUUAUUAAAAAUACAAUUAUAUAUAGUACUCUUUUUUUUUUGGUAGAAAAAAUUACAAAGAUGUUGGGAAAGCGUAGGUCGGCGAGCUUCCGGAGGACAACGAGCAUGAGGGGCAUCACCGUCGACGGCGGGAGUGAAGCGGAGCACGGCCAGCCUCCGGAGGAGCAUGCCGGCGGAGGAAAGACGGCCGCCGGCGAAGGCGGCCAUAUUGAGACGCCAAAUUUCUUGAGGACGUGUGGCCUUUGUAACCGCCGCUUGGUGCCUUGUCGUGACAUCUUUAUGUACAGGGGUGACACUGCAUUUUGUAGCCAAGAGUGUAGAGAACAAAAAAUAUUGCAAGAUGAAAGAAAGGAGAAGUCCAUUAACAAAGUGAAGAGUGGAAAGAAUGGUGUUUAGCCACCGGCCGCCACACCGGAGAAGAGCUAGACGGUGGUUGCCGGCUGAAGUACAACCGCCACCCAGAACUCAUGAUUUUCAGUUGAUGUCUAUAAAUUAGGAUGUUUUAUGUAUUUGCCUAUAUAUGCAUAUUUACACAUCUACACAUGCGUGUGUUAGUGUGGU